AUGGAGGCGGUCCCCCGGAUGCCGAUGAUCUGGCUGGAUCUGAAAGAGGCUGGCGAGUUCCAGUUCAGCCCGUCCGUCAGGCAGUUCAUCUUAAAGAACUACGGAGAGAAUCCAGACAACUACAAUGAGCAGCUGAAGAAGCUGGAGGCUCUGCGGCAGAGCGCUGUGAACGUGACGAGGGAUUUCGAGGGAUGCAGCACUCUGAGGAAAUAUUUUGGCCAACUGCAUUACCUCCAGAGCCGAGUGCCCAUGGGACCGGGCCAGGAGGCCGCAGUACCCAUCUCAUGGACUGAAAUUUUCUCUGGAAAAACAAUCACCCAUGAUGACAUCAGCUAUGAACAAGCGUGCAUCCUCUACAACCUUGGGGCGCUGCACUCCAUGUUGGGAGCCAUGGAUAACAGAGUAUCUGAGGAGGGGAUGAAGGUGUCGUGCACUCACUUCCAGUGCUCAGCUGGGGCUUUCUCCUACCUGAGAGACCAUUUCAGCCACAACUUCAGUGUGGAUAUGAGCCAUCAGAUUCUUAACCUCAACAUCAAUCUUAUGCUGGGGCAGGCUCAGGAGUGUCUGCUGGAGAAGUCCAUGCUGGAUAACCGGAAGAGUUUUCUGGUUGCCCGCAUCAGUGCUCAGGUGGUGGAUUAUUAUAAAGAGGCCUGCAGGGCUCUGGAGAACUCCGAGACAGCAUCUAUGCUGGGAAAGAUCCAGAAAGACUGGAAGAAACUGGUUCAGAUGAAGAUCUACUACUUUGCUUCCAUCGCUCAUCUCCACAUGGGAAAACAGGCAGAGGAGCAGCAGAAGUACGGAGAACGGUUGGCUUAUCUGCAGAGCUCUUUGGACAAACUCAAUGAAGCAAUCAAGCUAGCUAAGGGUCAACCUGACAGUGUGCAAGAGGCCUUGAGGUUCACCAUGGAUGUAAUUGGUGGAAAGUUUAAUUCUGCCAAAAAGGACAACGACUUCAUUUAUCACGAGACUGUUCCCUCUCUGGAGACUCUGGCCUCAGUCAAAGGGGCUCCACUGGUGAAAGCUCUGCCCGUCAAUCCCACUGACCCCAGUGUCACUGGACCAGACCUUUUUACAAAACUGGUGCCUAUGGCUGCUCACGAAGCCUCUUCUCUGUACAGUGAGGAGAAAGCCAAGCUGUUGAGAGAUGCCAUGGCCAAAAUCGACAGCAAGAAUGAAACUCUAGAGCAGUUCAUGGACUCUUUGGGCUUGGAGCCAGAGUCUGUUGACAACCUGGACAUGUACAACCACAUCCCGCCGGUUCUGAUGGAGAAGUGUGCUGCGCUCAGCGUCCGACCAGACACCGUCAAGAGCCUCAUUCAGUCUAUGCAGGUUCUCUCAGGAGUCUUCACUGAUGUAGAAUCUUCACUGAAGGAGAUCCGUGAUGUCCUAGAGGUGGAUGAAGCUGGUGAGCGGGCCCUCCAGGAGGUUUGUGGCGCUGCUGCGGCUGACAUGCGCCCAGCAGCGCAGAGCCAGGCUCUGGCUGAGAUCCGCAGGGACCUGGAGAAGUACAUGGAGGUCCACGAGAAGGCCAGUUUUACCAACACUGAGCUCCACAGGGCUAUGAACCUCCACAUCAGCAAUCUGCGUCUGCUGGGGGGGCCACUGGACUCUCUGAGAGAUGCCCUGCCAAAGCCCCAGCUUAGUGAAGAGGAAAUGGCAGGACUGCAGCGUAUGAAGAGGAUUCUGGGAAAAGUUCAGGAGAUGAGGGAACAGAGAAGCUCUUUGGAAAAACAGCUUCGUGAUCUCAUCCAGCAGGAUGACAUCACUUCUACUCUUGUCACCACAGAAAGAGCAGAUAUGAAGCAUAUAUUUGAGGAGCAGCUGAAGAAGUAUGAGCAAGUGAAGGUUUAUAUUGACCAGAACCUGGCAGCGCAGGAGAACAUCUUAAAGGCCCUGACCGAGGCGAACGUUCAAUACGCCUCUGUUCGUAAGGGCCUGAACCAGACCGAGGAACAGUGGAACAGUACAGUCCAAGGUCUGGUGGGUUCUUAUGAAGCCUAUGAAGAUCUCAUGAAGAAAUCACAGGAGGGAAAAGAGUUCUACGAUGACCUGGAGACCAAAGCAUCACGUCUGCUGGAGAGAGCAAAGAUCCUGUGCCAGACCAGGGUGGAGGAGAGAAAGCCCAUGCUGGAAAAAGAGACCCAGAAGAAGCCCCCAGCACGGCCCACAGCAGCUAAGCCCUCCCAGAAGCCGAGGGUUUCUGAUCCUGACUCUGCCUCUUCUAGCAUAGAAGAUCCAGAGUUGGCUCAGCUCAGUGCAGCCAUCUUGGCCUUAGGAGGUGACCUGCCUGAAGACCUUCGCAGUCUCCCUCCUGAUUUUCCCUCCUUCCCUACUGCCGGUGGUCGUGUGCCCGGUCCUGAAGCCUUCAUCCCUCCUGGUGCUAAACUGGGAGGCAGCUCCUCUCUGCCUUGGCCUGGUGCUCCAGCUGCUGCUCUUCCUCACUUCCCUGCCAACCUGCCACCUCCAGAGCUCCUGGCAAGGAUUGCUCAGUUCCCUACUCCGGGGCCUGUAGCAACACAAGGACCCCUGCCACACAUGCCCCACCCUCACAUGACUCCACAGAGGCCUCCACAAAUGCCCCCUCAACCAGUUGUCUCCGGUUAUCGGCCACCCCCUCCUCAAGUUCCUCAACCAGUCCCUGUUGCCCCUGUCCCAGUCCGUCACCCAACCGCAACUGUAGACAGCAUUCAGGCUCCUGUUGCUAGCUACACCCCCACGCCACACCACCCUGUCCCACCUGCAGCUUCAGCUGGCUACACAGUACCACAGAUUGGACCAUACCCCCACAUGCUGCCACAGCCAGGAGCUCCUAUUCAAAGUAGGGGCCAGACUCCUGCCUCUCAACCGCAGCAGCAAAAGCUUCCACAGCAGUACCCCCAGCCCAUUGGGCAACCUCUCCCUCAGGGGUACCAGCCUGGACCAAGGCUCCCUGGCCCUCCUGUUCAGCCACAAGUUUACUCUCAAGGAUAUAUUCCCCCUCAGCUUGGUGUUCCUCCUCAGUACCAGCAAGCAUUUCCUGGUCAACUUCAGCCACAUCAGCAAAAUGGUUUUCCACCACAGUCCCAGAUACCGCACGGCUAUCAGACUCCACAGACAUAUAUACCCCAACAGCCCCCUCAUUUGAUGCCAGGCUCCAUGCCAAGGCCAUCUCAAACUGCACAUCCACCAAUACCUGCAUCUUCUCAGCCAGGGCCCAUUGUUUCUACUCCAUAUUUGCCCUAUCCCAAUCAACAAAUGCCCCCACGACUCCCCCAUCAACAGAUAGUGCCACAGCAGCAACAAACCCCCAUCAGUCCAAGUACCCAGCAAAUUCUGCCUCACAGCCAAAUGCAAAUGCCAGGUGCUCAUAGAGUACAGUUGCCCCCUACAAGUCAGACAAUUCCUCCAGUGUCACUUAACUACAUUCCUCCAUCUAGCCAACCUACCCCUCCUACCAUGCACCCUCAGAUGCCCCCUGUGUCACAAACUCACAUGGCUUCUGGUCCUCAGACCCACCUUCCCAGAGGACCUGUGCCCCAAAUGCCUCAGAGUGCAAUAACUGCACAGCAUCAACACAUACCUGGCCAGCCUCCCAUACCAAACAUCCCACAGCAGCCUCUGCAGAUUUCCAGCCAAUCUCAGCUUCACCUUGCUCAUUCUGGGGGGGUAUGUUACCCUGGUGGUGCUCCAAUGCUGCCUCAGCAGCCUUUGGCACCCCAGCCAGCAGCUUCUCUUACUAUGACCCAUUCACAGCCUUCUAUGUAUCCUUCAGUUCUAGGGACUAAUGUACCUCCAGGUGCCCCACAACCAUCCAAUGUCAUGGGCCAGCAUGCCCCCCCUGCUUCACACAUGAUUCAGCCCUCUCCUGGAGGCCCUGCAGCAGUGCAACCAACAAACGCUAUCCCCCCUUCUCCAUCUCCAUCGCCUGGCCCUGCCUCUUUAGGUUUGAAUCCCCAGCAGAGGCCCACACCAACCCCCACUCCUGGAAGUGCAGCCCCACCCACUCUUCCCUCUCCAUCUGCUGUUCCUCCCUCCACAUCACUAUUUCAACGUGAUAACUCGAGCACAGAUGAUCUCCUUUCCUCCAGCCCAGAAAGCCAACCUGGAGGCACCAAAGCCCCCACCAACGUCCUCCAACCCACCAAAGCUGACCCUCAGGAUGGGGUGCGUCGAAGGAAAAACUCCCAAGGAGUUCUCCUUAUCCACGGUGAUCCAUAUCAAGCGCCAGAGUGUGUUGCUCGUCUUCACAGUGAGCUAGAACAUUACAGAUCCCAAGUAGAUGCCCUGGAGCACCCCUCAGAAAAUGAGAGGGGGUUGUCAGUGCUUGAUGCCCGUUGGAAGGAGCUGCAGGACCAACAAGAAAAGGAUGCCCGCCAGCUCUCUAUAGCUAUCGCCCGUUGCUACACUAUGAAGAACCGCCACCAGGAUGUUAUGCCUUAUGACUUCAAUCGUGUGGUGCUGCAGUCAGGCAAAGAUGACUACAUCAAUGCCAGCUAUGUGGAGGACUUGUCACCAUACUGCCCCCGCCUUAUUGCCACACAGGCUCCGCUCACCGGUACAGCAGCAGACUUCUGGCUGAUGGUGUACGAGCAGAAGGUGUCGCUGAUAGCCAUGCUCGUUUCAGAGCAGGAGCUGGAAAAGGGAAAAGUUCUACGCUACUUCCCAACAGAGCGCGGUCAGCAGCUCUCUCAGGGACCAAUCACACUCAGCCUGACCACGCAGAAGACGACACCAACGCACGUGGAGCGCAUGAUCAGUCUACAAUACCGCGACCAAAGCUUGAAGCGUACCGUCGUUCAUCUCCAGUUUACGUCCUGGCCGGAGCUGGGUCUUCCUGAUAGCAAGAGCAACCUGCUGCGAUUCAUCCAGGAGGUUCAUGGACACUACCUUCACCAGAGGCCCUUACACACACCUGUUGUGGUGCACUGCAGCUCUGGAGUUGGACGCACCGGUGUCUUCUGUCUGCUCUAUGCUGCCCUGCAGGAGCUGGAGGCAGGGAACGGCAUCCCAGACCUUCCACUGUUGGUGAAGAAGAUGAGACAACAGAGAAAGAACAUGCUGCAAGAGAAGCUCCACCUGAAGUUCUGCUAUGAGGCCGUGCUGAAGCAUGCUGAGCAGGUCCUUCAGCGUCACGGCAUCACCACCACCGCCUACAGCAAGAACACCAACUCUGCAGCCACUAAGCCUUACUCGAGACAGGAGUCUCAGCAGGACAUCAUCCUCGGUGGGGACAUGCCCAUCAGCUCCAUUCAGGCCACCAUCGCCAAGCUCAGCAUCCGGCCCCCCAGCGCCACAGACCCUGCCAUGGAGGCCAGCACCUCGUGUGGUCCGGAGGAGCAGGGUGAACCCGUCCUACCGAGCAUCGACUCAAUGGGUGACCAGCAGAUGUUCCAGGACCCCUGCCCUUCAACAGAUUCCCAGCCCCCGUCCUCCUUCAGCCCACCUCUCACCUCGCCUGCACACUCUCCUCUACCGCCCAAUGGCCUCGAUGGUUUCUCCCCAGCAGUUCCUGAGGCUGCACCCUGCAUCAGCCCCCCUCCUGCUUCUACAGCGCCGUCUGCUUCAUCCCUGGACCUUCUGGCCUCUCUGACACCGGAGGCGUUCUCUUUAGAAGGAGGAGGUCGGGGGAAACAACGUGUGACCAAGCAGAGCUUUCUGCAGCCCGCAGAAGGUCAGGGUCUCCACGCAACUCGAGGUGACGACGGCAGCGACCCCCUCAGCAGCUUGGACCCCCUCUGGAGCCUCAGCAAGCACUGAGAUAAAUCCAGAGGUUGCUGCUUUCUCUCUUUUUGCCACCAGGUGUCAGCAAAGGCUUGUAGCUUUUUCUAAUCUUUAGCAUUCUGGAGACACUUUAAUGGUGAUAACCAAGAUGUGCCUGUUGGCCAACGAUGACGGUGUAAUCUCUAAACUAGUAACACAGAACACUUCUUUUCUUUACACUGGUGGCUUCUGGGACCACGUCACUAUGCACUUGUCUCUAUCCCCUCAUGUUCUGUCACUCCUUGCUGCUUUUCUUUGUAUGUUUUGGGUAGAUGUGCAACUUCCAGCCCCUAGAUGUGAGCCGCCAAAAGAAAAAAGUCCAAGUAUGCACUCCAUGUUCACGAAGCCUGUCUGACGUGAGCAGUGAAGCGUCACGGGGCUGCAUCGAUUCAACGACUGGAGGAACUGAUGUUUGGAGCUUUAGGGAGUUAUUUUUCAGAACGUGACGUCUCCAGGUCUGUGCGUGCGAGUCAUCAUUGUAAUACAGAAUAGCACACGAAUCGGCAUGUUUUUAAAAGUUGACUUAAUUUUCUUUGUAUUACUGUAAAUAUAUUAAAGUUAGACUGUUUCAAAAAUUGUUCCUCUAGAAAAAAUGUUGAAUAAAUCCAGUAGACAAGA